AUGUUUGCGAUUCACCGUGAGCCGUUAACCCCCGCACACUCGGCCUCACACGAGGAAAAAAGCAUGCAAACCAUCAGAGAUGACGAGGAAGAUUUCUUCGCCCCCCGAACCUUCGUCGCCCCCGAAGAAUCGGAUGCGACCAAAUCAACGGUCGAAGAAUUGGAGCAGACUGUUCUGAUCGAUAACCUCCCAGACCGCAAGGCCAUCGAAGAAAUCACAGUGGUAAAUAACGUAAAAGCCGUUCAACGACUGACUGGGCGGAUCGCAGCCCUGGGUAGAUUCAUAUCAAGGUCGUCUGACAAAAGCCAUCGCUUCUUUGCCCUACUCAGAAGGAAGAGAAACUUCGAAUGGACUCCGGAAUGCCAAGACGCCAUGGAAGAGCUGAAACGGUACCUGUCAAGCCCACCCUUGCUACACACGCCCAAAGAAGAUGAAAUGUUGUACCUGUACCUGGCUAUAUCCGAAAUAGCGGUAAGCGGUGUAUUAGUUCGGGAAGAUCAAGGUACGCAAUUUCCUGUAUAUUAUGCAAGUCCAACCUUGGGGGACGCGGAAACCCGAUAUCCCCAUCUAGAAAAAUUGGCGCUCGCACUAAUAAGCGCUUCGCGCAAGCUAAAGCCUUACUUUCAGUGCCACCGCAUCUGUGUCCUAUCAACCUAUCCCCUCCAGAGCAUACUGCACAAGCCUGAGUUGUCGGGUCGACUGGCCAAAUGGGCCAUCGAGCUCGGAGGGUAUGAUAUUGAAUAUCAACCUCGAACGGACAUCAAAUCCCAUAUCCUAGCGGAUUUUGUGGACGAUUUUUCGCCAUCCCUCGUCCCCGAGGUGGAGAAGGAACUUUUACUGAAGUCAGGCACAUCUUCCGGGGUGUGGACCCUGUUCACGGAGAGUGCCACAAACGUUAGAGGAUCAGGACUCGGUAUAGUCCUGAAGCCGCCCAUCGGCGGCGUAAUCCGACAAUCCAUAAAAACUGUGAAGCUAACUAACAACGAAGCCGAGUAUGAGGCUAUUAUUGCAGGUCUAGAGUUGGCCAAAGGCCUGGGGGCCAAGUCCAUCGAGGCAAAAUGCGAUUCGCUCCUCGUAGUAAGUCAAGUAAACGGAAGUUAUGAAGCUCGGGAAGACAGAAUGCAUAGGUAUCUGGAUAAAAUCCAAGUCACCUUGCGUCGCUUCAAGGAAUGGACCUUAGUCCUUGUGCCCCGAGAACAGAACAGCGAGGCUGACGCCCUAGCAAAGCUAGGAUCGUCCGCCGAGGAGGAAGACCUGCUCCCCGGGGCCGUGGUCCAGCUAAUCAAGUCCGCAGUCGAUGAGGCUCAUGCGGAAAUCAACUCCACCAGCCUGACAUGGGAUUGGAGGAAUAAAUACAUCACCUAUCUGAAGGACGGGAAGCUGACCGCCGACCCGAAAGAGUCAAAAGCCUUGGGAAUCAGAGCGGCCCGGUUCUCGCUCGACGAAAGUGGGGCCCUGUACAGAAGAACCUUCGACGACCCCCUAGCAGUGUGUCUUGGACUGGGAGACAUGGACUAUGUGCUCCGAGAGAUCCAUGAGGGCACCUGCGGAAACCACUCCGGGGCAGAAUCCUUAGUCAGAAAGGUAAUCCGAGCAGGUUACUAUUGGGAUAGCAUGGAAAGAGACGCCAAGGAGUUCGUCCGGAAAUGCGACAAGUGUCAAAAAUUCGCCCCAUGA